UCUCUUCUUUCUCAAGUGUCUCUCUCUCAGACACACGACACCUUAACACUGUUAUAGUGUUAUAUAUAUAUAAAAGUGCGAGAGAGAUUGAUACUUUGAUAGGUUGAGCUAGAAAGAUGGUGAAAACCCCUUACUGUGACAAAAAAAGUGGACUGAAAAAAGGAACAUGGACACCAGAAGAAGAUUGGAAGUUGAUUGCUCAUGUUAAUGCACAUGGCCACAAGAAUUGGCGCCAGUUACCCAAGCUUGCAGGUCUUGCGAGGUGUGGAAAGAGCUGCAGAUUGAGGUGGGUGAAUUAUUUAAGGCCAGGCAUCAAGAGAGGGAACUAUACUCAUGAAGAAGAAGAGACAAUUAUCAAACUUCGCACAAGUCUUGGAAAUAGGUGGUCUGUGAUUGCCUCUCACUUACCUGGAAGAUCAGACAACGAGAUAAAAAAUCAUUGGCAUGCCCAUCUUAAGAAGCGCUUUCAACACGACGAAGCUUCCACGCCAAAGCUGCAUCUCUCCACAGUUGAAUCCAUUCAAGAGAAUAAUUACUCAGUGGAAGUUGAUCCAAGCCCUUUCCAAAACAGUUCUCCAGCUACUUAUGAUGCUUCUCCAUCGUCCCAUCACACAUCAAUGAGCGAUUUUUCCAGUAUGAUAACUGAACCUGCAUCAGCUAGCAGUGACGGGAAUUUGGUUAUUGAUGGCUUUGCUGAUUUCACAGAGGAAAACACAGAUCCUAUAAGUGCAUAUUCUUGGGAAGAACUGUAUGAAAUUUCGUACUUCUCCGGCGAAUUUCUGGCACCUUUUGUGACUGAACCCCAAAGUUUUUGUCCAGUUUAUGAUGUUUGGGGGCUGUUGUAAUAGAAUAGUAACUGGAAUAUAUAUCGGCUUGGUUUUUCUUCUUUCUUAUUACUUUUUUGGGGGGGAAAACAUAUUUCAGCUUAUUUUGAUGAAAUUAAAGAGUAUUAUUAUGUCCAUAUGGGAUUGUGGGGAAAUGAGUGAUUCUAUUCGUAUAUUGCUAUAA